AUCUUUGAAUGCGGUGUAUGUGAAUUACGAAAUGUUUCUUGCUGAAAGUGCCCUCGGCUGAUCCAAUUAUCUGGUUUCCUUCUUGCUUCGCUGCUUGAACUUUGCAUCCAGAAGUUAAACAUUCAUUUUGCUUGCGAUCCAUAUUUUUGUUUGUGAAGGAGGCAGUAAAAUACUGUGAGGAAUAUGAAUUCGCCCCUGGAACUGAGCCUUUUCCACCCUUUUUAACUCAGUCUUAGGGGUUGCACGUAUUGAAUUUGAAUUUACAACUGUUUCCCUCCCUUGGAUUGUAGCAGUUGGGAAGAAAAAAGAAAGAACAUGGCUGACCCGAAAAGAUAGGAAAAAUCUUGCCUUAUUUGGUAUUCUUAUAUAAGAUAGAUAUGUGCAUCGCCUGCAUUCUAUUUGCUAUAUAUUCUGUGCUUGCAGAAGUCUCUCCUUCAUACUACUUUGCACUGGUGUUGAAUGUCACAUGAUUGUCUUCCGAGUUCAAUAUUUCUGAGUUUCUUACCUUGAACCAUAGAUGCGAACUCUCACCAUGUGCUUCUCAAUAUUACAAUUUUCAAGAGCUGCAAUACCAAGAUUGGCUGGUUUCUGGCGUCAAAGCUUCCACACUCAUAGUAGGCCUGGCAAGAACGGUUCUCACUUUACAUUUUUCAGUUCAAAGACUUCUGGGCUUGAAGCAGGAUACAGUAGGAAAUGGAUAAAAAGACCAGUUUCCACAAGAGCAGGGGGAAGGAACAAGACCCAAAGCAAUAAAUACAGCGAUGUUAGGGAUGGAGUUUCAGAUGCUAUAGUCUCUGCCAGCACAACGUUAAACAUAGAAAAAGCAGAAAUAACUGAGUUCCGCAAAAUUGAGUAUUCUGAUGUUCAACAAAAGAUUGCCGAGAACAAAGAAUUAGCCAGCCUCGUGACCCUAAUCGUCUUUGAUCUGGAGACUACAGGAUUUAGUAGAGAGAGUGAAAGAAUCAUUGAAAUUGCACUGCAAGAUCUUUCAGGGGGCGAGAACAGCACUUUCCAGACACUUGUUAAUCCAGGACGUUCUGUUCCAAAUGCUCAUAUUCAUGGCAUUACAACCCGUAUGGUGAACAGGCCUGAAGUUCCCAGGAUGAAGGACUUGAUACCGAUAUUAUUUCAAUUUGUGGGGAGCCGCCAAAAAUCUGGGGGAUAUGUCUUGUUUAUCGCUCAUAAUGCUCGGCGUUUUGAUGUGCCUUUUUUGUUAGAGGAAUUCAAUCGCUGCUCCUUUGAGGUUCCCGCAAACUGGCUAUUCACGGACACACUUCCUCUGGCACGUGAGUUGAUGAAAUCUAAAGGAUUGAAGCCUUCUUCAGGCACGUCGUUGCAAUCCCUUCGCGAGUAUUACAAAAUCCCAUUGGCCAGUUCGGCUCAUAGGGCCAUGUCGGACGUGAACGUGUUGUCGGCAAUUCUUCAGAGGCUGACACACGACCUCAAAAUCCUCCCCUCGGACCUCGUGCAGAGAUCUUUCAAAGCCACAGAUCUCAACAGUGUUAAGAAAAAGAGGAGUUCAAGCUGAUUCUUUUUUCCCAUGCUUCAUCACCUGUUCAAGCAGAUGCUCAGUAAUGAUAUGCUAGAGUAACUUGGAGGGCUGCUGCCCAUGACCAAAUACUGGGGCAUGGAAAUUUAGUCAGAUUGGCAAUCUCCAAGCAACCAUUGUUGUAAUUUGUGACCUAUCAUUAUUU